GGGAGCUUCAUGUUCAGAGGUGGAAUGUCCCUGAAGGUCAAGGGGUUAUAAGGGGGUCAUGGCUGAUCUAGGAUUAAAACAAAUACGAUCUGUGUGGAAAUCAUCCUGGACUUUUUGAGAGUGAAUCUCCUGGAAUUAGUUCAAGACCGUGUGUUAUCAUUUAAAGACGCGUGAGGAAAAUUCUGACUGACGGGCGGCUAAAUGGAUUGAGAUGGUCCAGCAAGAGAAAGUAUAACAGAAGAGAGUGAGAGAGAGAGAGCGAGGACGAAUAAUCCAGCUAAUCCAGGCCAAUCCCAGCCGCUCAGUCUCCACUGGAGCGACAGACAAAACACAGCGGAUCAUAUGCGUGUCUGAUGUGCUUUAGAUGGGCUGUUUUGGGGGAUUCUGGGACGCCGAAGGUCGGCGGUGGGAUUUGUAAACACUAAAACAACAGAUCAGAGCACAGGUGGACGUCAGGUCAGGUGUGUCAGGACAAAGCCGAAGAAAAAGUGCAAUGCUGGAUGUUAUUCAUCUAUCAAAACAUCAGCUUUCUGGAGAAACAGCAUUCAGCUUUGGUGUGGACAUGAACUCAGAUGCGGUUUUGAAGGAGAUAUAACGUGAUGUGUGAAACGGAUGUUUGAAAGAAGUUCUGAAUCAUGUAAAUCCGAAGAAGUCUCUGAAAACUGUGGGAUUAACAGUGGGAUUCAGUGAUUCUUUUAAAAGGAUGGUGACAUGUUAAACAUUUUUGAAGACAUUUUGUACACAAAACAUUUUUCUACUAUCAGAGAGAGUGCAGGGUUUUUGUGUUCACUAGAAGGUGUUUAAAUUCUCCGUAAAUCCUAUUAGGCUUCUUUAACAGGUUAUUUUUAAACUCCGGCUCGGGAUGAGCAGCAGCUCACGAAUCAAUGGAGCUCAUACAUUACAGACGUGUGAACAUUUAAAAACACUUUUGCAGUUGUAGUUAGCGUUUAUUAAUCGUUCAUCGGAGAGUUUGUUGACGCUCUUUAAAACAAUCUUCAGUGACAUUUUUGACGGAUAUUAUAAUCAGAGUGAGAGUUUUUGUGUUUUUGCUGCACACAGAUCUUAGAAGAACACUUAUUAGCUUAUUAGCAAUUAGCUCAAACGGCUUUGUUUAAUUGGUCUUUAUAUUUACAUUUAUACUUUUUUUAAUACGUUUAUCUACAUUUUUUUUCUUUGGAUCUAUUCAAAUGAUUAUUUUAAGUUAAUUUAGCAUUUAUUUAGCUGUAUUUUUCUGAGUGAUUGCUUCGUUAAGCUAGCAUUCAAUUUUUUGUAUUUUUCAGACACAUCUUUCUAAUUUUUUUUCUUUCUCUAGAUAUCUUCUAAUGAUUAUAUAACAUUAAUUUAACAUUUAUUCAAAUGGAUUUAUCUGGUUGAUUGCUUCAUAAAACAAAUAUUAACUUUUUUGUAUUUUUUGACACGUUUUUCCACCUUUUUUUCCCUCUCUCUCUGAAUGUUUUAAUGAUUAUUUGACAUUAAUUUAGAAUUUAUUAUGCUUUAUUUAUCUGGGUAUUUAACAAGGAUUUUUUAAGCAUUUUCUGACACCUCAAUUUUUUCCACCAGUAACUUUUUUGGGGAUCUUUUGUAAUGAUAAUUUGACAUUAAUUUACUGUUUAUUUUUAUUUACAUCUGGCAUCUGUUUAAAUUUGAGGAGCACAUCAUCAUCAACUUUUUUUUGAAACAAUCAUUUAAAUCAUAUUUCUCGUGAUGAGUCUGGGAAAGCUGCCGGCGAUCAAAGGCCUGGUGUCCACAUCUCACGGCAAACGGCGGUUUAAGAGCGACCUGUCGGUGGACAUGAUUAGUCCGCCGCUCGGGGACUUCCGCCACACGAUGCACGUGGGCCGCGGUGGGGACGUCUUUGGUGACACUUCGUUUCUGAGCAACUAUGGUGGAUCAAGUAACAGCGAUGGGCUACGGCAUCCAGAUUCACCUUCUGGCUCCAAACCGACGCGAUUUUUGUCGCGAACGCUACAGCAUGUACGAAAGACUCCCCUGCCCCGGCUGAGAGGAGGAUCACGUGAUUUCUCAUCCCCUCCGCCACCUAUCUCACCCAUCAUUAAAAACGCCAUCUCUCUGCCUCAGCUAAACAUGAACAAUGGUGGCCUGAUGAGGGCGCUGCUGCCCACCUCCACCAGCUCACCGGACGAGCCGCUCUGCUCUUACGGUCUUCAUUCUGGUUUCGUCACGCUGCCUCGUUUAUCCCGUCUCGACCAGAGCUUUGUAGAAACAUAUGAAUUGCUCAGUGCAGACAAUCGACGGAGUUCAUUACCGGAGAACAGCGAGGUCUCGCUGACGCGAUCUGAUUCGCUCUCGUCUUUCACGGUGGACCUCGGCCCCUCCCUCAUGAGUGAGGUGUUGGAGUUGAUUGACAGCUCCUGCUGCCUCAUUAAGAGCCGUCAAGAUGAGGAGAUUGAGGAAGAAGAGCAGCAGAGCUCUGUGUUUGAGACGGAUCGUACAUGUCAGACAACAGAUGCUUCAGCCAGGAAUCCGAUCGGAGCGGACGUCGCCAUUGAGCCCAGGAGGUUCCAGCAGGCUGCUAGCAUGCUAGCACGUCACUUUGGAGGAAGACCUGAAGAAGAGCGUCAGAGACCUUCAUCUUUUAGACACACCAGGACACCGUACAGCUUCACUGAGACGGAGGAAGAAAUCAAAGUAUGAACAUCAGAAAUUACACAUAAGGACAGCUGAUAUUCAAAAUACAGUUUAGUUUUUAAUACAAUUUUUAUUUUAAAGUCAAAAUAAGUUUUGGAAAUAAGAUUUUUUUUUUUUUUUUUUUUUUUUUUUUUGGUCAGUGCACAAAUGGUUAUUUCUUGAUAACUGAACAUCAUUCAGAUGAACAUACAUUCAGCUGUAAUUUUCUUUGCUUGUCAAUUAAACUUGGAAUCAAGUAUUCAAUGAAUCUGUCCUGUACAUUUAUAUUUUUAUGUUGUUUAUAUGUACAUAUGCAUUUACGAAACCAAAAGGUAAUGAUCAGGAUUUGUAGCAUCUACAGUUAAUUAAACAUAGAUUUACAGUAGAUCUGCUUAAGCCAGUAUGAAGAUACUCAAUAUUAUUUGUAUUUUUUAUUAUGACAAUAUUUUGUAAACAAAAAUAACAGAUACAUUUGACAGAAUAAUUUGUCCAGUUUUAUGCUUAGAGUUGACAGAAAAAUGUAUUUCGAAGCAAACAUGAAAUUUAAUCACAAAUUAAAAAUGUCCUUAUAUGCAGUGAAAAUACAUGAAAUUAAUGUUAGAGUUUUCUAUCUGUGGCAGAACAAUGUAUAUAAUUAACUGUUAAAAUAAAAUAUAUG